AUAUCUUUAGGCACAGGAAUGGUCCGUGUGUGUAAAAGUGACCUAGACCUGUAUUCUUAAACGCUUUGUUCUCUCAUCGCGACAGUUUUCAAAGGCCAGAGAGACGAUUACUCGGGUUUUCUUGGGCGUUUUUCUCUUUUGACGAUGCAGAAUCCUUGUUGACUUAUCACUAGAAUCAUGAAGAUGCCCUUGGGAACUCUAGGAACUUCCAUUAGAGCCCGUUGAAAGUGGUGGAAAUAAGGCGCCAAAGUGUUCAAGAAUGAGGUGUUACGUAGCAGUAGGGUGGACCAGUGUGGCGGGAGGCGGGCUGAGUUGGCUUGCAAGGUUCAGGCUGGCAAUGCGUUGAACCUUUGCACUGGUUGUAUGUCAGCCGUAAUGCCUUCAUUCUUUGGCAUUACACAUGCCAAAUUUACCAUCCUCUGAUGUUAUUCAUUCAUAAAUGCUUCAUUAACAUGCUGAUAUACGAAUGUAUUAUUAUUUAGGUUGAUCCUCAGUGUUUAGUUUCAUACAAGUAUUCUGCUUUAGAUUCAAAGAAAACUUUGUCCCAUUGUUUGUGCACAUCCUUUUUUAAGGAAAACUUUAAUUCUUUGUUUUGAAACAUUUUUUAUUAGUAUUUCAUUACUUUGUAUUCAGAAACUUGACUAUGCAUAUUAUAUUAAACUUGUGUGCAGAUUAAUACUGAAGAGCAGCUCAGGUUGACUUGAUUGAGACUAGAUAGGUUUGGUGACUUGCUAGAUAGCUGUGGCAGGUGAUAAGGCAACACAAUGAUCAACAGUCUAUGAGCUGCUUCUCUGCAUAUGAUGUUGACAAAUAUGUUACAACACAUCAAUGAAAGUUUUUUUUUAGCAUAAUAGUCAAAAAUUACUGUUGACAAAUCCUGCCUCAUGCUAAUUUUGUGCAUGGAAAAAGAAAAAAGGAUAUUUUCAGUUUUUUUGUGUCUUAAGGUAAAUACAGUUUCAUACAAUACUUUCUGUAUCCCUUCCAAAUGUUGUAUAGCCAUUUUCUUCACUUGUAAACUCAUUUUGGACUUAGAUCCACACAAAAUUGUGAACAGAUGUAGGUAGUAAUAUAUAUGUGAGGCGGUUUUUGUACUUGGAUCCGCACAAAAUUGUGAACAGAUGUAGGUAGUAAUAUGUAUAUGUGAGAUGAUAGUACAUAUGUAAGCUUGUGAUGGCCUGACACAAAUGUCUUUUGUGGAUGUGCUAUGCUAUGUGUGUGUCCUUUGUGGUUCAUUGAGGGAAUCAUUCACCCCUUUGUUAUGUGAGGUGAUUGCUUCUAUGGAGCCCAAAAAGUAGAGUGAUUUUAGUUUCUCAUUGGAUGAGUGAGAUGAUUGAAUUUUACAAUAACUGAAGUUGCUUGAGAAUAUAAUGAGUGGCUGGCUGUAUGAUUUUUCUGGGAUUCCUCUGCCACAGCUCUACCAAAUCAAGCCCAACACAUUUAUCUGUCUCAUAUACCAUCAAUUUUUGACUUAAAUAUUUAUUUGAAUUACCAUCUAUUUAUUAGCUUCUCAAAUAAGGCCACAUAUUAUGAAUGAAUUUGUAUUGACAUCACAGCACUUGGCAGCAUCGCUGUCCAACAGUGUUGGUGCACCAAAAGCGGGUCAAGGCACACAAUCAGAAGUGACCAUGUGACAAGUGACUUUGCCUCUGGCCACCACCCAAGUUAGACACUACCUAUACUACUCACUCAGACAGACAGACAGACAGAGGUUUCUCAGAUUUUAAUAAUUCAUUAUACUGUAUAGCUUUACUCUAUAAAGAAAUAUAUACUAGAUAUAUAACAUUCCUUUUAUAAUGCAGAUAGUGAAAGAUAGAGAGAGAAAUGGGUGCUGUGCUAUGAGCAAAGGGUUGUUCUUUUCACCAGUGGUUUAAUCCAUUUCAUAAUAAUACAGGUGGAGGAUGUCUGAGAAUGCUAACACCCAAAUGCACUUCAUAACCUCGAACAAUUGUAGUAGUACAUGAUUAUCACUAGCUUCUACUUAAUUUCCAUUGAACCAUUGGUUUUGUAUUAUGAGUCAAGCCUUAAAGUAGCAAUUUGGCAGUUAUUGAAGCUAAUGUGUAUGUUUUUUGUGCUCGUCACUGCUUCUAAUGUUCUCUUUGCACUAUUUAUCUGUCCUACUUGUGGUCUUCCCUGUAGCUUUCCUAAUAUCACACCCAGCUCUCUUUCAACUUUCAACCAACCAUGGUUACACCUGCCACAGUAAUUUUUUGGGAACCUAAUCCCUGUGGUUGGCAAGGAAUUAUGUGAGAAGGAGAGAAUAAAAAUGUCAUGUGAUAACUGUAUAUGAUGAUUCAAUAUCUGCUCAAAGCCCUGUAUUACAUGUUGAUAUACUGACCUUUGUAGUUCGUUACUGAGAAUGAGACCGUCAGUUUGAUAAUGCAGGUAUUUAUUUAUCUGGAAGAGGAGACUCAGUCUUUGCACAAUUAAAGAUUUUGGGUCUUGUUUAAAAUUUCAAUGUAUAAUAUGUGAAUUGUUAAAGAAAAGAACUGGUGAUGAGGGAAGGGAAUGAACAGCUCAGAACUGCAGGUCAGAGAAAUGGCUGCCUACAUAAAGUGAUUACUUAUUGGAAAACCAGUGGAUAUUUUCAUGGUGGGAUGCAGCAGGAAGAAACACCUGUGUCAUUUGUGUUGUGUGAACCUCUGUGCAUUUCACAGUAUAGUUGGUUUACUGUGAAUAAGCUAAGGAAAUGAACCAGAAAUGUCAGCCUCUUGGAAGUGAAAGCUGAUCGAUGCAUUUUUAGUGGGCUAUGGGAGGAAGAAGGGCCUGUGUUGCUUGUGUAAUGCAACUGUUGAGUAUUCAAAGGAAUGUGCUCCAAAUUAUGUUGUUACUGGGCUGAAAAAAAAAAACAUUGAAAUGGGAAAUAAUGUUAAUGGGGUAAAAAAAACAUUGAUGUGGGAAGGGGAUGACUUUAACUGCAACAAUCAGAUACAUCCAACUCAAGAGGCUCAUCAUUCAUAAUGGUACAGCCUGUUAUGGUAUAGUGACAGUACCAACAGGAGCCUGGUUUUGUCGCAAAUGUGAGAGUCAAGAACGUGCCGCAAGAGUUCACUCAGGCGGGAGGCGCAUUUUUUCACAGAGAUGCGAACUGUGCCCGAGUAAAGAUGGGGCGCUCAAGCGCACAGACUCUGGUGGCUGGGCACACGUGGUCUGUGCGCUGUACAUCCCUGAGGUGCGUUUUGGCAACGUCACUACCAUGGAGCCCAUCAUGCUACAGCUCAUCCCUCAAGAAAGAUUCAACAAGUCUUGCUACAUUUGUGAAGAAAGUGGCAAGGAAAGCAGAGCUGUUAUUGGAGCAUGUAUGCAGUGCAACAAAUCAGGUUGUAAGCAGCACUUCCAUGUAACUUGUGCUCAGUCUAUGGGCCUUCUGUGUGAAGAAGCUGGAAACUACCUGGAUAAUGUAAAGUACUGUGGUUAUUGUCAGUACCACUUCUCUAAACUGAGGAAAGGAAGCCACGUGAAGACGAUCCCUCCAUACCGUCCCGUCCCAUUGGAGGCUGGAACUUCAGAUGACGACAAAACUUCUGGAUCAAUUGAUUCCAGAGACCCAAAGUCAAAGAAGAGAACAGGACGUCCCCCUGGUGUCAAACCUACAGCUGGUCGGGAAGGGAAGAUUGGUGAUAUUAUAGGAGCUGGUAACAGCAGUAGUGGAUCCAGUGGGACAGGGGAGCACCAUGACCGUGGUCCAUUGAGUGAGGACAGUGCCAGUACUGCUCCUGGAAGUUCUGGCAUCUCCUUAGGAGCCACCAGUGCUAGUGCUGUAGCUUCCACAAUUAAGACUGAAAGAACAACAAAAGUGACCGAACCUAGUCUUGCUGUGUCUGUGUCCCAAGCAGUGGCUACUGUGACAAAGACAAUGGCCUCAGUAACAGUCAGUGGUUUUGCCUCAAACACAACCUCCAGUGCUCCCCCACCACAGACCACCUCAUUGACCUCAACUUUUCCUACCUCUCUGUCUUCUGUAUCAACCCCAUUUACACACACAGGUGUGUCAUCCACAGCACCUCUCCUAACAACAUCCCCAUCACUGUCAACGACAGUUUCUAGUUUAGUGUCCUCAAUGCCAUCAUCAUUAUCAUCAUCACUGUCAUCUUUAUCAUCAAUAAUAACAACUGUGCCAUCCUCCAUCAUGACCACCGCCUCAUCCCUCACCCGUCCCAGACUGUCUGAGACUCAAACACCCUCCACUACAUCCCAUGAGAGUUCCAGCCAGAUAUCCCUGUCACAUAACCACUCCACCAGCCAGUCACAUCCUUCAUUGCCUGUUGAAGGAGACAAAGACAAAGACAAGCAGCAGGAACGUAAUCGGAAAUUGCGGCGAAAUGGGCCAAGGACUCCAAGUGGAAACAGUAACUUUGGAGACACAGAAUCCAUUGUUUCCAAUGAUGAAGCCCAGUCUAAUGAUUUAGUGUUAACUAUAUGUGAAGAAAAAAACCUAAGUGUUGAGAAAGAAUCAAACAAAGUGCCAAGUAAACCUUUGGACUCUUCAGACGAUGGUGGUAGCUUAAAUGUGCAGUACACUCCAAAUAUUGGUGCAGAAAGUGUGUCUGAUCCUUUUGCACCAACUUUAGCAGACUUUAAUACAAAUGAACCAACAAAGAGAAGAAGAUCCAGCAGCCAAGAGAGAGGAAGGAGAUCUAAGCGGGGAAUGAGCAAACGUGGCCGUCCUGGAGGUGGCCGUGACACGGGAGGUAGGGACUCGGGAGCAUCAUCUCCGGACUCUUUCACCAGUGAGUCAGCUCCAGCACCAAAGAGAGGACGAAAAAAAGUUGACUCAAAAGAGUCAUUACCAUCAGUAAUUACCAAUGGUGUUGGAGCAAACACUCUUCUGCUGGGGAACCAACUUAACCCUUCAUCAGCUGUUGCUCAGAAGAUGACAGACACUCUUCAUGCUGAGCUUGAGGCACACUCCAUAUACAAAGAUGAAGACAAGAACAGCAAUCUUUUGGUUGGACCAGCACUUCCAGGGAAAAAGGAGAACACCAAUGGUACAAGCUUGGCAACCAGCAAUCAGCCGCCUCCAUUCCCUCAAAGUCUAGAGCAGCUUUUGGAACGUCAGUGGGAGCAGGGGAGUCAGUUCCUGAUGGAACAAGCCCAACAUUUUGACAUUGCAUCAUUGUUGUCAUGUCUUCAUCAACUGAGGCAAGAAAAUGUUCGACUGGAAGAGACAGUGAGCUCUCUCAUAUCCAGAAGAGAUCACCUCUUGGCUGUUAAUGCUCGUCUCUCAGUUCCUCUAAGCUCUCCAACACCAACUAGCACCUCAUCACCUGUUGGAGUAAAUCCUACCCCUCCAUCAGUCUCUGCCUCUUCAUCUAACUCUUCAUCAUCAUCAUCCUCUUCAGUUCCUGCUCUCACUACAUCAGUACCCUCCCACACCCUCAAUCCUCGGCCAUCAAGUAGGGGUUCUGCUCCAGCUCCUCUUCCACCUCGACCACAUUCUCAGGGACAUCAUCAGUCUGGAAGUAACAAUCACACAGUAGUCCCACCUUCUAGUGGAGGUGGGGGAGGGCACAGAGGGGCAUCCCCACAUGAUAGGAGAGGACCAUCACCACAAGAUAGGAGAGGCACUUCUCCCCAUGAUAGACGAGCUCCACCUCCCCCAGUCCCUGUUGAAAAUGGUCUUGGGGAACAGGAGUAUCGCUAUCGCAGUCCUGGAACAGAGCACAGACAACAGUCACCCAUGCUUCCCCCCGGGGCGCAACCAAGCCCAACGUCUCUCAGGCACAGUCCAGCAGGAGGUAAUUACCAUCCAAGUGUGUCUCCUCAUGGAGUGGGGUCCCCAAGUCCUGGUGUUCCUCAUGGUCAUCCUCCCACCUCACAUGGCCCACCUCCUCAUCACUCCAUGCCAUCAUCACAUGGACCCUCAGGCCAUGGACCCUCUGGACAAGGACCCCCCAGUCAUGGAUCACCGCAUGGACCUCCUCCUCCCCCACACGGAGCCCCUCCACAUGGGCCUCCACCCCCUAUGGUGUCAGUGGCUCCUAACUCAGCACACAAUGUAGCCAUCAGCAGACAGUCAGACCACCGUGGAGAGAUGGUGAGGAUGCACUCAGUGCCCCCACCACCACCCCAACACCCAGGCCCCAACCUUGGAUCAGGAGGUUACUCAGUGUACCAGAUGGUUUCUCCUGUGCCUGGGCCACACCACUCCCCAGUGCCACCCAUGAGCCAGCCUCACCCACCACCUCAUGCCCAAGUGAUGCGCCGUGACCUGGUUGAGUCUGGUCGGGGGGCCUCAGGGAACAUGGAGAAGAGAUGACACAGAGACUCCUGGGCUAGGACUAGAAGAUAAUAGCUCCAGACCUCUUAUGAGCCUGGACUUUUAUGAGGGAGAAGAGUAGUAACAAUAUUCUUACCUCCUGUAUGUCUGGUGAAUAGUCUAGUUGAGGGGUAAUAACACAGUAACUAGGUAUUUAUGAUCUAGUUGCUAGUUAACUACAUAAAGCUAUGCUAAGGAGAUGUAUGUUGAAAGUGGGUUUAUUCUAACCCAUAAUUGUGCAUUGCACUUAGAAAACUCCAAACUUCUGAUGAGAAUUGGAGAAAAAACUUUGUGGUUCUUGAUGAAUGUCUGCUGUGGGGAAUUCCUGAAAAACACAUUGUGGUUUUGAAUAAUAUGUGCUGUGCUCUUUCACCCCAGUUUACCAUACUCAUCUUGAAUGUGUUCUGGUAAAACAUAAGAAGUGAGAUGGCUUAUUGGAUACUUUGUUAAUGAUGCAGUUUUAUACCAUGUGUUUUGAACUUUUAAGGAAAAAUUAUGAUCUCCAGUAAGUUUCUCAUUCUUGCAUAUAGAGCCAAAACAGUAUUUUCAUGCCUCACAGUAAGUGAGACCAAGCUUGUCUUACACUCUAGGGUAUACUAAUUAUAAACAUAUAUUUUAAGAAUUCCCCAAGUAUUUUAUUGAUGCAUUCUUUAUUAAUGUUUUUACUAUUAAGUCUUUUUUUAUGGUUUGGUUCUGGUUAAUGGUAAAGUACAAAUUCCACUUGCAGUCAUUUAUGAUCAGUUGUCUAGUUAGAAUUGAAAUACAGUUUUUUAAUACUUGGUCUUAGGCAGAACAGUUUAAUUAAAAGAAUUAUCAUUGUACUUACUAUGAAUGGGUAUCGCUAAGGAUGAUUGUUUGUUAUUGUAACCUGAGAGCUGGCUGUUUACCUGAAUAUUAUAUGUGGACCAAUCUUCAAGUGAAGUUUACUAAAUUGAAAGUUUUAUGUAUUUAUUUUAAGAUCCUGCAGUAAACAUCAUCUUCUAGCAUGUAAUAGUGUACUUUGAGUGGAUCCAUACACUAUGUUUACCAUCUGUGUCAAUUACAGUGAAAUUUUUAAAGCCACCAGUGUUAGCCUUUUUGCACCUGUACAUUUUUUAUAGUAUCUAAAUGCAAAAUUAUUGUGGAACUGUACACUAGACAAGGUACUUUAAUUUUGUUGAUAUGUUGUUACCUGAGACUAGCUGAGUAUGUCUCUCAGGGGGCACCAUGGGAGGAAGAGUUCCUUGUCUUAAUGUGAAAAUUUGUGUUAACAAUACAUGGGCAAGCUUGUAAAUAUAGCUUUAAGGCUGAUGGAUCCUCCUCAUGUUAUUUAUAUAUUGCAUAGGUGAUAAUAAUGUGGCCCAUAUUGACCUCAGUACAAGUAGCUUAGUGCUGACAACUGUUAUGCAGUUUUUGUAUGGUGAGUAGCUUGAGGUGUGAUAACAAUAACAUGUGUUUAAUUUUUUAAAUAGAGGAGUGUAUCCAGUUGACUUUCUUCCCGUGUUCUCCCAGAGCAAGGAUGUGUAGCUGCUGUUCCAGAGUGGAGAGUGCCACUGACUGGUGAGCCUGUAUUAGGUCCUCCCAGUUGUUCCAACCACACUGGUUGAACUGCAAGUUUCUUUUCUUAGUCAUUUUAAUCUGUCUGAUUUAACAAUUACUUCAUUAUUUUAAUUUAUUUUAUUUUAAUUAUUUAUAUUUUAUUUUAUUUUUAAUUUAAUUUUAUUAUUAUUAUUAUUAUUAUUUUUUGUUUUUUUUUUGGGGGGGGGUGGUAUUUAACAAUAAGAAUUCUAAAGUUCUCAUAUAAGGAAAUGAAGCACAGGUAGAGAUGCAUGCAAUGUGUCUGUACCUGUCACCAUCAGGUCUUGAUAUUUAAGAAUCGCAUUUGAUGUUGACUCCAUUGAAUUAAGUUUUGUAAGAUUGUUCAAUUCUGAUUAUAAUAUGUUACCAGGUCAAAUUUCUAAAAGUGCAUAAAGUGUAUUUAACUUCUUUGAAAUGUAGAUUUCAUGAAUGAAGAAGUUAACAUAAUUAAUGUUACUGCUGGCACUAGUAUGAAUUUUAUUUAUUUAUUUUUGAUUAAUAAAUUUCUUUAUGUAUUUGUUUGUUUAUAUUUUUUGUUUUGAUUUUGUUUAUUAUUAUUUUAAAUAUCAUUUAAGGCCGAGAUAUGAAGGAAUGCUUUUUGGUGACUGAAUUUGAGUGUGUAUGGAUAUUUUGUCUGGUGUGGGGUAUAAUUUUUUCCUCUCUCUCUCUCUCUCUCUCUCUCUCUCUCUCUCUCUCUCUCUCUCUCUCUCUCUCUCUCUCUCUCUCUCUCUCUCUCUCUCUCUCUCUCUCUCUCUCUCUCUCUCUCUCUCUCUCUCUCUCUCUCUCUCUCUCUCUCUCUCUCUCUCUCUCUCUUGUAUUUGGCAUUGCCUUCAGGCUAUAGCUUAGAGAUAUUCUGGUCUCAUGGAGGAACCACAUGCACGGGAGGGUAGAUGCUAAUCCUCUGCUCCAACUGGGAAGUGAGCUCACAAAUAUAAAACUUAGGUCCCAUACCUAAUUGUUGAUAGGUGAAGGGACCACUGCCUCAAAGAAGAUAAACCUGAUAAAUAGGUUCCAUGCUAUCUGGGAUUAAAACCUGAACCUUCUCAGUUGUGAGCUGUGUGCAUUCCUGUUAUAUAUAUAUCUACUAGUCACUGAUAUGAAGCAGUGUUGCCUUGAAGGGAAAUUAAAGACUGUGCUGCUCAGUUGGCAGUAAUUAGAGAAAACUUAUGGAGCAAGGAGAGCAAUGUUGAAAGAUAGCCAUGAAGAGAUCCAAACAUGCAUGCAUAGUUGACCCAAUCAUAUGAUUGUGUCCUCUCCCCCAUAGAGGCUCAGGGGUUAUAGUGAUUUGUAAUUUAAAUUUAUUCUUGGAGGGUAAGUGAGGAUAUAGGUAGGUUGAUGUGUGUUUUUGAAGAGGAGGAGGAUGUGCUGUCUGCUAACCAUUUUUUGCAUGGACAUCAGCUUGAUAAGUAAGGUUAUGGAUGUGUGCACUGGUGUGUGGUUAUGUGGGUUGUGCAUGUUGGCUUUGUCUCAUCUACCCCACCUGUCCAGGGGCAUUGAAUAUAUGUUAUUUAUUAUAUUAAUUUAUGUUUUAUUGAUUCUUUAUGUAUUUGUCUUAUUUAUUAUUUUGAGGCUGGAUAGAGCAGUUUCACAAAGCGGGCUUGUGCUCAUACAUGCAUACAGUGUUUACGUCAGCAUGAUGUAAUUCUCCACCUUCCUUUGUAUUUUGUACCUGAGACUCAUGUUUGAUCAUUAGAUCAGUUGAGUAUAUGUUGAUGGCAAUGGCAGUCAAGAUUUUGUAUGGUAAGGUAUUCGGUUUAGUUAUUUACAUUGCUCUGUUAAUGCAGCUUAUUCAUUAUGUAAUAAGAUUUCUCAAAGUGUAGUUGUAUGUCACUGCUCAAGUUCUAAGUAAUAUUUCAUAAUAGCAAACAUGGUUUUUUAAAAAAAGAAAAAACAUUGCCAUAUGGUUCCAGUUUUGAUAACUUAAAAUGCAUAACAGUAAUCAUUGUCCCAUAGAAAACUUGUGGCAUGCCCUUUUUUUUUUUUUUUUUUUUUUUUUUUUUUUUUUUUUUUUUUAGGAAUAUUGUAUGUAUUUUAGUUACAAGAAUAACAGAACUUUUUUUUUAUACUAACAUUGCUUUUAUCUAUAAAUCUGUAUAUAUAAACUCCUUGAAUUUGAACAUACAUAUUGUAGUUCUUCCCAAGGUUUUUGUAAAUGACAUUUUAAAGAGAUAAGGAUUUAAAAAUAGUUGACGGCAGAAAAAUGCAGUUAUUCAUGUCCAAAUGAUUAUUUUAAUUAUUAUUAUUUUUAUUAUUUUUACUAGUUAUUUUAUCAUUAUAUAUUAUCACUUUUAUGUUUUCCAGAUGAAAAUCCAGAUAUUGUAUCAAGUGAGCUUUAUGAGUUAUGUGUGCAACAUUGAGCAAGAUUGACAGUUUAUAUAUGUGAAAGGUGCAGCAGCUAGCACAACUGUUCUCUGUGGCUCAAUGUUGUUGGCCAUUGGUGGCAGUGGACUGGUGUCACAGUGGAUCUCACCCUAAUGUAUGGCUUGUGAAGGGACGUCAUGUCAGGUGAAAGGAAUCCAUAGAUCCCAUCAGAAAAAAGAAAGAAAAAAAAUUAGAUUAUGCAGUGUGACAAGCAAUCAAGAAGAAUGUCUGUUGUCUUGUAAAAGCUCACAAGCCAUCAGGGAAUUAAAGUACAAACUUGUCCUCUGGAAAAAAAAAAAAAAUGUACUUUCAUGAUUUACUUAGUAACUCUGGAGCUGUAGAUAGUCUUUCAUUAAAGCUUGUCAUACUCAAAUGUUUUUUUUGCUUCCAAGUCACUGAAUCAUGUUUGCAUAUUAUCCAUUAACACAGGUCCUCAGUUGCAAAUCUGUCAAUAAUGUUUUUUACUUCAUAAGAUAAUGCUCAGUCUCGUUAUAUCCCACCAGUCGUGUGUUGCCUAGAUUUUGUAAUGUGUGUUAACUUUUUAAUGUAUGUUUGGAAUGUGUACACAUACACAUUGUGAAAAUGUAUUUCAACAGUGAUUGAUAAAAUGCUAUUGAAAAUUAA